AUGGAAUUCGACCGGUUGAUCCACUGGAUACAGCUGCCACUGGAGGAAGUAAAAUUACCCGACCUCUUCCUGAAUAUCACUACUACUACCGGCGGCACUUCUGAGACGAGUGCUAUCACGGAGACGACCAGAUUCAUCUGUCCCACUAUGCCUGUCUCCAUACCAGCUGAGGAACCGCAGACGACGCCACCAUCCGUACUGACCAUGAGUCCGGCGCCGGGUCCGAUGCCGGCGUUCCCGCCGCAGCCCCCGCCACCGCCGCCACCACCACAGCCGCCCCAGCCGUCGACACAGUUGCCGUUUGAAACAGAAGGGUCUCAGACGCCUACAACGCAGACGGAGAUGGAACUGGAGAUGGAGACUGCCCCACAAACUUUACAACGAAGAUACACGUGGCCACGGUAUCCGAAGCCUUCCGAACCACCAAAGCCCACAUAUCCACAAGUCGACUUCUCGCUCCCGCCGCUGACGACUAGAGCGCCAGCGGACUCCCAGCUUCCGUGGUAUCGUCCAACUAGACCGGGCCCUCCAGAUCACUUUGAGACGUUCACGUGGCCAUUUGCCUCAACAGGUUGGUCUUUUAUUUCUUUGAUCAACUAG